AUGCCUCUUUUGUGGAAAAUUAGAUUUUUCCGCAAUCGUGAAUUCGUUCGAGGAGAUCGAAGUUUGCAGAUUCAAGUGAAGCAUAAAUGGCAGUUUCUACUAUGUCUUUUGAUUCUUAUCAGCGAUCUAUCUGUCUAUAGAAAACUUCUGGAACUAGCUACCAAAAUGUAUGUUCCAAUGAUUUUCUUGACCAUCGUUGGAUGCGCCAUGACAGCCGUGCAUAGAAUGCAUGUGAAGAGGAUUACACCGCCAAUGGUUGAAAUGAUACGUAAUGGAACUUACGAAAAAUUUGUAAGCGAGAUGAGACGACGAGCGAUCCAUUCGAAUAUUGUUGGGGACAUUCAUAUACAAGAUUUAAUUACAUAUUUCGACCUGGAAUACAUCGGCGAGAUAACAAUCGGUGAUCCUCAACAGACUUUUCGAGUAGUUUUGGAUACAGGUUCUGCCAAUCUUUGGGUUUCUGAUAAUUCCUGCUACAAGCUGCCGGAUAGACCCGAUCAUUGCAAGAACUCACUCUGUGAUUUAGGACCAAUCUGCGAGGUGUUCUGCAGCGAUCCAUCAUGCUGUGAAGUUCGAAAUGAAACUCACAUUGAGAAUCCGUGCAGAAACAAAGCGCGUUUUAUUGCGGAAAAGUCGAAAACUUAUGAAACAGCCGGAGGAAGUUGGAGCAUAAGGUAUGGCACAGGAGACGCUGCGGGAUUUUUCGGCAGAGAUACGGUACGUUUUGGCGCGCAAGGUACUGAUCAACUUGUUGUUCCUGGAACCACAUUUGGACAGGCCGAAACUAUAGCGGAUUUUUUCGCUACUACGUACGUUGAUGGCAUUUUGGGACUUGGAUUUACCGAACUUGCACAACAGCAUGUUAUUCCACCACUUAUUCGUGCAAACAGUCUUGGAUUGCUUGACGAGCCAAUUUUUACGGUGUAUUACAGCAAAAAUGGAAACGUUAAGGAAGUUUAUGGAGGAACUAUCACCUAUGGUGGUUUAGACACUAUAAACUGCGAGAAGGAGAUUACAUACGUACCUCUCUCUUCGGCUACGUAUUGGCAGUUUAAGGUGGACGCAUUUUCUGCUAAAGAUUACAAAACAAAUGAAACCACAUGGGAAGCAAUAUCAGAUACAGGGACAUCGCUGAUUUCUGGACCAUUUGACGUGGUUGCAGACAUCGCCGAACAAUUCCAUGCAGAGUUCAACUUCUCCUACUUCCUCUACACGCUCGACUGCAAAGCGGACGCUGAAGUAACCAUCACCAUCGCUGGAAAGGACUACCCUAUCACGGCUAAAAACUUGAUCGUUCACAUUGAUGAAAGUACUUGCGUUUUGGGACUCAACCCAAGAAUUGGCGCUUCCUUGGCACCGCAAUGGAUUCUUGGUGGCCCAUUCCUGCGGGAAUACUGUAAUAUUCAUGACAUGGCCAAGAAAAGAAUUGGUUUCGCUAGACCACUUGAAAAGCGAUAAUCUUGAUUCAUUGAUACUAUAAUAAAGAAUGGCAACUAUU